CUAUUUGGCGCUCUCUGCCUCUAUCUACAAAACAUGACAAAGACUGGAGAGAGAAAUCUUUGAGGCGAGAGAGGGAAUAAAAAUAAAAACAAAAAAAUCGUUCACACUCCACUUUCCUCUCCUCUGAUGAGUCUCGCCUCUAUUUAAGGCUUAAGCUAAGUCAUACUGCCUUCCCCUUAGGGUUUAUUCAUGUACCUGAAAUGAAAGGCCUCCACACAAACAAAAAUUGAAUCCAGAAAACGCCAUGAUCGGUGGUGUUCACAUUUUAUUGUGUUGAGUUCUUUCUUAAAAAAAAAAAAAAUCAUGAUGCUGAUUUGGUUUUUCUCCUCUUACUGCUUGCUCCAUUCAUAGAGCGUCUAUACUCUACAUACUCAUCUGGAAUCUGAGUCAGCUAACAGUGUUCAAUUCUUUUGGGGCCAAAUUAAAUGUUGGGAUGAGCGGGAGGAUGAAUAAGUGGUCCCAUUUGAAGAUGGCUUGGAUUGAACACUCCCAGAUCAACCGAAAAGACGGUUACAUAACAAACCCACCUCCUCUUGUUUCAACAUCCCCAUAUUCUGGAACUUUCCAGAAAGAACCUUCUGCUUCAACAACACCCUCACCUUCCACAUCCGGCGCUAAAAUCAGUCCAGCUGUGCUCUUCAUCAUAGUGAUUCUAGCUGUUCUUUUCUUCAUCUCCGGUCUCCUUCACCUUCUUGUUAGGUUUCUCGUUAAAAACCCUUCAUCUUCCUCUGCAUCUGCUCAACCUAAUCGGCACCAUGAAGGUUCUCUCUCUGACACUCUUCAGAGGCAGCUUCAGCAGCUUUUCCAUCUCCAUGACUCUGGUCUUGACCAGGCUUUCAUCGAUGCGCUUCCUGUUUUCCAGUACAAGGAGAUCAAGGGGCCGAAGGAGCCUUUCGACUGCGCCGUUUGCCUCUGCGAGUUCUCCGACAAGGAUAAGCUCCGGUUGCUCCCUGUGUGCAGCCAUGCCUUCCACAUCAGCUGUAUAGACACAUGGCUUCUUUCGAAUUCGACUUGCCCACUCUGUAGAGGAACACUCUUCGCGCCGGGGUUUUCCAUGGAGAAUCCGGUGUUUGAUUUCAAUGAUUUGAGGGAAGACGAGGGCUGCCAAUUCCCCUGUAGUAACAAUAACAAUGGAGGGAAGAUGGUUGCAGUUCAAGACAUUGAAGAAGCUGCGGACAAGGGGGUUGUCCCUGUGAGGCUUGGUAAAUUUAGGAGGGUUGAUUUGGAGGCGGCCGAGCCGGAAGGUGGAGAGGCUAGUAGUAGUAAUUUGGAUGCAAGAAGAUGUUUCUCAAUGGGGUCUUACCAGUAUGUACUUGGAAAAUCGGAUCUCCGGAUAACCUUGAAUUGUGAUCAUCGCCGGCAGGGUCGCGGCGAUGAUAAUUCGGAGGAGGGAUCAAGUGAGGUUGAGAGGGAAGGAAAGAACAUUACUAGUGUUAGCAGAGGAGAGAGCUAUUCUGUUUCCAAAAUAUGGUUGUGGUCAAAGAAGGGAAAAUUUUCAGUUUCUUCAGAUGCACACAACAUUGGAUUACCAUCUUCUCUUGAUUCAGAUUUGCCUUGGAUGAGAGAAAUGGAAGGUACAUCAGAAAAGGUAUAAGAUUAUCCCCUUUCUUGCUAGAAUUCAUGUUAGUGUCCAUUGAAUAAUUUGUUCAUUCAAAAUUUUGGUAUGAUCUAGAGUCUUGAAAUUGUGGUGAUUGAUUGCAGUAUAUUGUGAUGUGGUUACAUGUAUAUGUCAGGAUUAAGGGAAGAGGUAACUUGUAAGAUAUACAUUUCUUUAUUUGCUUGGGUUAUUAUGAAACUUGAUGUGCUUAAUCCAUAGUUGUCUUAGAAUUCAAAUUCCUUUUUGACUUCUCCCAUACCCAACAAAUUUGUACAAUUAAAGUUAUUGAACAUCAUUACAGUUACUUAGUUAAUUGAAUUUGGUUGUGGAGCCUAGCCUGUUCCAAUGCCGGCAUUGUAAUUAUGGAGGUGGACCUUUUUAUGAUAAAUUUUUACAUGAUUUAUCAUGUGUUAGUAUUUA